UGGCAUAAGAGAGUAAUCAGAGUGGUUGGCUCACUUUGAGGUUUGCAAUGGGGGCAACAGAGAUAUUUCUCUGCCUUUUUGUUGGACAUUUUAUCGCUGUUCAGUCGCUAAUAAACGAGCAGGAUGACAUAUUUCCACGAGAUUUUCCAGGAUUUUUUGAAAACAUCGUGCCUUUCCCGUUUAAAAGAAGCUAUGAUUUCACUCCGUAUGACACCAUCUUCAGCUCAUGGCGGAGUCGCGUCCCUGACUUUCACAUGCUUGCUGAGUUACCUCCCAUCCCGAAUGUUCCCAAAGUAAUGGUGUUUUGCGAUGAAUAUAAGCUAACUCUGCUGGUGAAUAAGAGAUCCAAUGGAGUAACACUGACUGGAGAGGAGAUACAGCUGGGUGAUGGCUGCUAUAGCAACAGAGAACUACCAAACCAAUUUGCCUUUAUUUACAGUUUGGAUGAGUGUGGAACGACACGUGUGAUGCAGAGUGGCUUAGAGAUGUUCACCAACUCUCUCUACUUGAAUCUCAAGAACCCUCCCCCAAACUGGUGGCCAAUGCCUUCCACAGUGCACAUCUCCUGCAUGCCAAAAAGGUCAUAUGCCAGUACCAAAUUUGCCUCAAUGGCACAACCUGAGAGUGGUGAGACCUUCAACAUCAAAGCCAUGAAUCCAUCCUGGAGCAGCACUGCAGAGUCUAAUAUCUAUAAAAGAGGCCAGGCUGUCAACCUCAAAGUUUCUGCCAAAAUCAGGCCUGAGCAGCAGCUUUUCAUCCAGUCCUGUUUUGUUUCUGCUUCCCCUGAGCCUCAGACUAGACCCAGGCAUGCAAUCAUAAUGAAUAAAGGGUGUGCAGCCCCUUUGGGUUCUCCUCAUGCUUUCGUACAGUUUGUGGCUCCUAACCAAGCAGAUGUGGUUAAUUUUGUUCUGAACACGUCUUAUCUCAUUUCUGAGCUGUUCAUCCACUGUAGUGUCCUCCUCACAGACCAGGGUGUUACUUUUGGCUCUAAAUCGUGCAACUACAAUGUGUUCCAGUCAAGAUGGGAGGAUCUUGGUGGAAGUGCAAAGGUGUGCGAGUGCUGUAGCUCAAAGUGUAAAGGCCUGUCAGUCAAGCACUUUCCUGAAGAUACCAGGGCUAUUGUCAGCACCGGCCCCUUAGUCAUUGUGGACAAAGAUGUAGAGACGACUCUUGAGCCUUCUGUCUCUGAACCGCAAGAAGCCUCCAGCACUCCUAUUAUCGACUCCAUGCAGUCCGAUGGUGUAGCGACUGAGGAUACAAUUGUUGCUGGUACCUCUAUAUCAAGAAGCAAGGUCUCCUCUCCUCCUCAGGGGGUAGUAGUUGUGAGUCAGGACCCAGUUGCCAGACUGACCAUUUGGCUACCUGGACAGGUGCAAGAUAUAAAACGUAGUGAAAUUGGUUCAGAGUCUGAAGACAAUUUGACAGUUCAGUUACAGGCAAGUGAAAUGAUGUCAAAUGACCUUCCUGAGAGGCAAAUCUCCAGCAAAGAACAGGAGUCUCUUCUGAAUACACCUGCAAACAAGAUUGGAGAUCAUACUUUCAAUGUUCUUCCAUGGGUUGAGGGGAUAAUUCCUCCACAACUGGAAGAAGCAGCUACUGCAGAGGGCUCUCAGAUAAAAAUGUGUUUGGGCAGAUUUGGACUGUUUGGCACAGAGUCUCCACAAGAAAUUGGCAUCCCUCUGCCAGAUGAGAUGACAGUAAAUGUUUUAAACCAGGAUGACUUCAACCAAGUGAGGCAAAGGCAGGUUGAUGCAGCUUUGACACACCAAGAAGAAAUGGCUGAUUCUUCACCAGUAGUUCGCUCAAAAAUUCAGUUUUCCAAAGGCACGGAUGGAUCGCAGACGUUGAGUUAUGAGGAAGAGGUGGUGAAGCAACAGGGAGAAGGUGUGGUCAGAAGAUUUGGGAUGGGUGGAAUUAAAAGAAAACAGCAGCCCACACAGAGGGGGUUGCGUUCAACUUUCUUGGAUUUGUUGAGGAGGAUGAACAAAGCAGAAUAACUGUGACUUCAGAAGAAUAUUUCACAACUACACUGAAUAAACAUACUGAGCAAUAA